AUGAUCAGAACAGUCCUCCGCACCCAGAACAGAGUGCUUCUCUCUCAACGACGAGCCUACCAUCAAAAGGUCAUUGAUCACUAUGAAAACCCUCGGAAUGUCGGUUCUUUGCCAAAAUCAAGCAUUGAUGUCGGCACUGGUCUAGUAGGAGCUCCUGCUUGCGGCGAUGUCAUGAAACUACAAAUCCUCGUCAACGAAGACACGGGCGAAAUCACAGAUGUCAAAUUCAAGACCUUUGGAUGUGGUAGUGCCAUUGCUAGCUCCUCGCUCGCCACCGAAAAGAUAAAGGGAAUGAAAGUGUGGGAUGCUGCAAAGAUAAGGAACACCGAAAUCGCUCAGGAACUAUCUCUACCUCCUGUCAAACUACACUGCUCCAUGCUCGCCGAAGAUGCCAUCAAAUCGGCUGUCAGAGAUUGGGAAAGUAAGAGGAGCUCCAGAUCAAAGCUCCCUCCACAAACUGCUGGUACCGCUGCUGCACAAGCUUCAGUCUAA